AUGGUUAAUACUGCUAUUAACUGGUCGAUUUCUCUCGGGCUAGGUAUUGCUGGAACGGUUGAAAGUGAAUUGUUGAAAAAGGGAGCGUCUGUAUUGGAAGGUUUUCGUGGUGGCUUAUAUGUCGGUAUGGGGCUUAGUGGUGCGGGAAUUAUCGUUGCACUUCUCUUUUGUCGUGUACCACUAGCGCCAGAAACAGCACCGAGCGAUAAUCGAAGAAAAUCAUCAGCAAUUAACACAGUCUCGAAAACAGCCGCAUCGGAUGUGAUUAUCGACACAGAAAGUAUCCAAGGUGAAGGACUUCAAGGGGAAUUUCCGAUUAUACAUCGUCUCUAA